AUGUGUUCAUUAAUAUUAUAUUCUGGAAUGGUUAGUGUUUAUCUUGAAGAUAAUGAUUCAAUAUCAGAUACUUCUUGGCUUAAUGAUACUAAUGAUACGUUAAUCGCAGCAGCUGAUUGGUUAAAAUUAUAUAAUACUUUCUUAAAGAUUUAUUCACGUCUUUUAAAUCUUCCUAGUUCUAAUACUGCAAAUUCAUUUUUCAGUGAUUUAGCACAAUUACUUCCAGUUUCUGGAUUACCAAUAUAUAAAUGUUCUGAACAGAAAUUAUUUUAUCCUUUAUUUCUAAGACAUUCAUAA